CUCGAGAUUGCCUUCUCACGCUGCCUGAAUCCUUUCUGACCAGCCAUCGGCUCUUCAGGUUCUGCCUUGGCUUCCCCCAGCCUGAACUGGUAGUUCCGUCAGCUUUGUCUGAAGGAAUGCCAGUUUCUCAAUAACCACAAGUCGAUCGUUCUCAGCGCGUAGAAAGCGGUGGACGAUGAAAGUUGCAGUGGUUGGAUCUGGCGUCGCCGGCCUCGCAGCAGCAUGGCGGUUGAGCCAGCAGGGAGUGCAGGUGACGGUGUUGGAAAAGGACUCGCACGUUGGCGGCCAUGCUUUCACGUAUCGCACGGAUGACGGCGUUGACGUGGACCUCGGUUUCAUGGUCUUCAAUGCGGUGACAUACCCCAACAUGAUAUCGUUUUUCGAGGAGCUAGAGGUCGCAAUAGAGCCGUCCGACAUGUCCUUCUCUGUGUCCGUGCCGCGCUGCGAGUGGGGCAGCAACGGCCUCGCGGGCCUAUUCGCUUCCAAGCGCAACGUUUUGAGACCCUCCUUCUGGCGAAUGCUGCGAGAGAUGACUCUGUUUCACCAGGACGUUCUCAGCUAUCUCGCCAAGGUGGAAGCCUCUGGCGUGCUGGAGAGGCAUUCGGGUGCACUCAACGUGACCAACGGAUCAGCAGCAGCAGGCAGCAGUGCGCUGCUGACAGAGACCUUGGGGCAGUUCCUCCAGGCCCGGGGCUACUCCUCCAUGUUCUGCGACUGCUACCUGCUCCCAGUGUGUGCGUCCAUCUGGUCAUCUGGCGUGGAUGGAGCCAGGGGUUUCAACGCCUACUCCGUGCUCUCCUUCCUCAAGAACCACCACAUGCUGCAGCUUCUGGGCAGGCCGCAAUGGCUGACGGUCUCAGGCAGAUCGCAGAUGUAUGUGAAGAAGGUGAUGGCGGCAGUGACAGCACGGGGGGGGAUGUUCCGCACUGACACCGAGGUGACAGCAGUGCACACCUUGGCCGAGGGAGGAGUGGAGGUGCGCUUGAGCAACGGCACAUCAGAGCAGUACGACCACGUGGUGAUGGCGGUGCAUGGUGAUGCCGUGCUGCCGCUGCUGGGGGAAGGGGCCACACAGGAGGAACAAAACAUAUUCUCCGCUUUCAGAUACGCCACCAGCAACAUCUUCCUGCAUCGCGACAAGUCUCUCAUGCCCACUAGAACAGCAGCCUGGAGCGCAUGGAACUUUAGAGGAGUAGACGCAAGCGGAGGGGUGUGCGUGACGUACUGGCUCAACACACUACAGAACCUGGGGGACACAGGCGACCCCAUCCUGGUGACGCUCAAUCCGCUGUCCGAGAUCAAAGGCGCAGUGCAUCACAAGUGGGCCACCUCGCACCCGCUCCCCACCACUGCUGCCACGGCUGCUGCCAGACUGCUCCCUGGCAUCCAAGGGAAGAGGGGAUUGUUCUUCUGCGGGGCAUAUCUCGGCUAUGGCUUCCAUGAAGAUGGGUUUAAGGCUGGUCUGACUGCAGCCAACGCCCUCCUGGGUGCCAGCAGCAGCAGCUCGGCCCUGCAGCCCAACGCGCCCCAGAUGCUCUUCCCGCUGCACCACCAGGCCGCCAAGGCUGCGGUGCUCUCCUUCCUGCGCCCCUUCAUCCAGCUCGGCUCCGUGCAGCUGUUGGAGCGAGGGGGCACGGUGUACCGGUUUGGAGGACAAGGUCCGAAGCUGGACUGCCAGAUGACGGUGCACUCGCCUGCCUUUUACUGGAAGGUUGCCACACGUGCUGACCUGGGAUUGGCCGAUGCCUUCGUGGAUGGCGACAUCUCCUUCCCUCAGGGCUCAAGAGGGCUGCUCAAAUUCCUCGAGAUCAUGAUUGCCAAUCGGGAUCGCACCAAGCAGCCCGGCCAGCGACCCUCAAAGAAGAAGGGGUGGUGGAGCCCUGCUCUGCUGACGGCAGUGGUGGGGUCGGCAGCUCUGUAUGCGAGACACCUGCUGCGAUUCAACAACCUCACCAACGCACGGAGGAAUAUUUCCAACCACUAUGACCUGAGCAACGACAUGUUCCAGACCUUCCUGGAUGAAACCAUGACCUACUCCUGUGCCAUCUUCCAACGCCCUGAGGAGCCUCUGGUGGACGCCCAGCUGCGCAAGCUGAGGCGCCUCAUUGCCAAGGCGCGCAUAGACUCGUCUCACCAUGUCCUCGAGAUCGGGUUCGGGUGGGGCAGCCUGGCUCUGGAGACGGUCAGCCUGACGGGGUGCCGCUACACAGGCAUCACCCUCUCGUCGCAACAAUUGGCACUGGCGACAGAGAGAGUCAAGGCGGCAGGGCUCCAGGAUCGAAUCAACUUCAUCCUCUGUGACUACCGAAAGCUGCUAGGCACGGGGAGGUUCGACCGCAUCCUGUCAUGUGAGAUGCUGGAGGCAGUGGGCCACGAGUACCUGGGCGACUUCUUCCACCACUGCGACCGCCUGCUGGCGAUGGACGGGCUCCUGGUUGUUCAGGUGAUCACCACCCCUGAGAGCCGCUACGAGGAGUACCGCCUGUCCUCUGACUUCAUCAAGGAAUACAUCUUCCCCGGCUGCUGCGUGCCCUCCUUUGCUGCCCUCACCGACGCCAUGGCCAAGAACUCCGCCUUCAGUGUGGAGGAGAUGGAGAACAUCGGGCCGCACUACGCGACCACACUCAUGAGAUGGCACGACAAAUUCUUGACGCACAGCCACGACAUCAUGGAAAUGGGCUUUGGGCCCAAGUUCCUCCGCACGUGGCAGUACUACUUCGUCUACUGCGCUGUCGGCUUCCAAACGCGCACGCUCGGAGAUAUUCAGGUGGUUUACUCCCGCCCUAGCAACGUUACUCUGGAUCUAGUACCAUACACCAAGACAGAGUAGGGCCUACUGGUGGGGUGGGGAGGAUGGGCUAAUUCUCCUUGUAGCUUUUCGGCCGAGUGCAUCCAGCAGACAUAACCACAGCUUGACCUCACACCAUGUACCAGCAGGAGACAGAACACCGUACCACAGUACCACAUAUAGCCACCAUAUAUGUACAAUUCCUUGCCUGGUCUGAGGGUCCAUUCUUUGCCCCAUAAGUGACUUUGUGUACGAUAUACUAGUAUAGAUUAAUCCAUUUU